CCCACCAACACACACACACACACCAACACCACACACACGUACACACACCCACACACGUACACACCGACACACGUACACACACACACACCACACACCAACCGACACACACCACACACAGCCCAACACACACACACCAACACCAACACCACACACACGUACACACACACGUACACACACACAGCAACACACACACACGUACACACACUCACCACACGCACAUACACCAACACACCAACACAUACAACACACACAUCACACACACACAACACACACCCCGACACACGUGUGCCCCCUGACCCAAUUGGAACCCCGACUCGACCACCCCCGCGCCCUCGAGGCGGACAUCGCCCACACGACUGCCGCUCGUCUCGCCGCUCGCUGUCUCUCGCUGUCUCUCGUCUCUCGCUGUCUCUCGCCGCCGCCGCCGCCAUGAGUUGGAGGAGCCUCGUGUCGCGCUGCUGUCGGGGGCCUGCAGGAGGAGGAGGAGGCGCGCGGCUCGUGGCGAGGGCGGCCGAGACCCUCCGGCGGCGCCCGGCGCCUGGGGCAGCCCGGAGGUUCGAGGGUUCGGUGCCGACGGCCGCCACGUGCAGAGUGUGGGCGACCCCUGCAGGAGCUGCUGCAGCUGCGGGGCUGUCAAGAUUGUGCGGCAGCCCUGGCGUUGUGCGUGGCCUCCGGUGGGCCCUGCUUGGUGGUGUGGCCGGCUGGGCCGGGGUCCAGAUGUGGAGGCCUCCCCUUGCGGCCGCCCAAGCCACCAGCGGCUCAGACUACGCGCUGGAGAAGCUCAUCGAGCAGGCGGAUUACCUGUACGGCACGCUGGAGUCCGAGAAGCUCUACCUGCUGCUCAAGGAGCAGGCGGACCGGCUGGACAGCGACGAGGUGCUGUGGCGGUUGGCACGAGCGGCGCGCGACCUGGCCCAGCGGAGCGGCACCACCACCGAGGAGCGACGCCGGCUCACGUACGAGGCCCUGGACGCUGCCAAGAGAGCGCUCAGCAAGAACCCAAGCAGCUUCGCCUGCCACAAGUGGUACGCCAUCUGCGUGAGCGACGUGGGCGACUUUGAGGGAAUCAAGGUGAAGAUCGCAAACGCGUUUGUGAUCAAGGAGCACUUCCAGAAAGCCAUCGAGCUGAACCCCAGAGACCCCACGUCACUCCACCUCAUGGGAUUAUGGUGCUUCACGUUUGCCGAGAUGCCGUGGUACCAGCGGCGGAUCGCCGCCGUGCUGUUCGCCUCCCCCCCCAGCGCCACCUUCUAUGAGGCACUCGAGUAUUUCAGCGAAGCCGAGCAAGUGGAGCCCAGCUUCUACAGCAAGAACCUGCUGAUGCUGGGGAAGACGCAGCUGCGUCUGGGGAACGUGCGCGGGGCGCUGCUGUGGCUCACCAAGGCGCGCGACUUCCCAGCUCGUACCGACGAGGAUGCCCAGGUGCAGAAGGAGGCCUGUUGAGUUGCUCAAAUCGUGCACUGGCAAGGGGGAGCGCAAGUAGCUGGCGCCGGGGGAGUGGGCUCCGGCAGUGCCGUGGCGUGGCAACGCUCCUCUUCCGCACUCGUCGGAUGAAGACGACGCCGUUGCUUCCGAGUGAAGAACGUUUGCGCGACGUAAUUGUAGUCGCUGAGGAUUUUUGUAGCGAUCGGUGAGAAUAAAAACGCAAGAAAAGC